AAAGACAAAUAUUUCCCUACAGAUCGUGAAGUGUUGUUGAAAGACCAUGAAUGGAUACUGAAUCCAUUUUCGGUUUGCGAAAAACCCUCAUGUUUGUCUUCAAUUGAAUAUGAGAGUUUGAUCGAUAUUACUUCAGAUUCGACAUUGAAAUCCACUUUCAGCAACAAUUCUUACGUUCAAUUUUGGCUAAAUUUGAAAACUACAAGUUUUGAUGAUUUGAGUAAAAAAGCAAUAACAAUACUCCAACCCUUCGCUACCACUUAUUUAGGCGAGGCAGGAUUUUCGGCCUAUACGACUAUUAAAACCAAAUACCGCAACCACCUUAAUGUAGAACCUGACCUCCGUAUCCAGUUGUCUCAAAUUGAACCAGAUAUUGCCAAACUUUCCAAAAAUAAGCAGCCUCAAAUAUCUCAUAAACUAUUAGUUUUCACUAUUAGAGCAGUAUUUUUUCUUUAUACUUUCAACUAUAAAAUUAUAAUUUGUUAAUAAUAUGUUCAAUAAAAUUAUUUAAAUCAGUUAUGAAUGAAAACUAGUGUUUAUUUUUAUCGCGUUCCUCGUGAUAUUCACAGAAGGGCACCUAACAAAAUUUGUACAAACAAAAGGGCACUGCCGGCUAAAAAGGUUGGGAACCGCUGGUUUAGCAAGUUUUGUGUAUGUAACAUAGCGUAAAUUAAAAAUACUCUUAAACUUACUAA